CUCUUGUCUCUUCUUUGAUAAACACGAGAGUAAAACAAAACAAAAAAUCAAAAAAUCCAAAUAAAGGUGAUCGUUGGUUCGAAUACUCCUAUUCUAGACUCCCUUCUUCUAUUGUGGUAUGCUCUGUCCAUGAGGCAACGGCGGCAAUCUUUGAGGAAUGUUGCCGAAGAAAAGGCGGGGGGAGUCCCUGCCUCUCGAUGGGGUGUUACCAAAGCCCAAUUCAUCGAGUUUGUGGAUGUGGUUCGCUGUUACCAGGCACGGGGCCUGCUGCGAAAUAUCCCGCCACCAUCUCUCGAGCCGAAAAAGAAAGACGAAUCUGCCCAAGCUUUGGUACGACGUAAAAGUUCGGCAUCUUUGGGGAGCGUCGCAAAGAAGCAACUGUUUAGUAAACAUUCGGUAGACACACCACCGCAGCUCUCCUCCCAAAAGCCAUUCCAGUAUCCUGACUACAAGUUCAAUGAUCCCAAUGUAGGCCCCACAAUCUAUCAGAUCAACCAUCAAAUCAUCAAACCGAUCACCAAGGGUACUCUCUUAGAGCGCUUGAAGCUUCGUCGAAGAUAUGCUGGGUAUCAUUGGGAUAACCUGGCCGCUAAGGAUGCACUGCCGAAAUCCAGUUGGGCCCUCAUGAAGAAUCCAUCUGGAGUUGAUAUCGAUCUCUUUGUCUCCCAUGCAUGGGCAGAAGGAAUCUAUGAAUUUGCCAACCAUCUUCUCAGUGAAUGGCCCGGUGAGUGUCAAGCUGCCUACAUUUGCUUCCUGUCUAAUCCACAAAACCUAGACAAGAAGCUUUAUCUUGGAAGGUCUGGCAAUCUGCAAGACAAUGCCUUCUACAAGGCUCUCCAGAGCAACUACAUGAAGCAAAUGGUCAUUAUAUCAACCCAAAAUGUCCCAAUUCAUCGGAGGGCUUGGUGCUGUUUUGAGGCAUAUGUGGCUUUACAACAGAACAUUCCUGCCACAAUUGGUGGGGACAAGAGAUAUCUGUCAACGAUGCGGGAACGAGUUCGUGAAUACAGGGUAACCAAAGAACUCGAACGACAAGGACGGGAAAUCAGGAUGCAAGGCCACCUCGACUACCUGGAGCACAAAGUGGAAAUUCACAUUUUGCUCUUUUGUUUCAAGUGCUUCUGUCUGGGAGUCGCGUAUCUGUACUUUUCGGGUACAGAUCUGAAGAGUUUCCUGAUGUUUGUGGCAAAGAGCUUGGUCAAGCUGGUUGCAGUCAUUGCCUUUUGCAUUGUUGCACCGGUCAUGGUUUUUGAAGAGCGAAAGCUGAGCGGCAGCAAAGUUAUUGCAGCACCCGUUAUGGCCGUGUAUCACGUGGUGCGUUUUGCACUGAAGCGAGUUCGUACAAAAAAGUUUCGAAAGGCGGUUCGUAUCAUUAUCAAGGGCUUGAUCUCUUUGCUUUGCUUUCCUCUCAAUCUGAUGAAAUCCAUCUUGUGUGAAGCAUCGUUGGUUGCAACGACCAAAUAUGAUGCUGCCGCUGAAGCUGAUCGAAAGCAGAAGGAAGACCAAGAGGUGCAUGAAAUCAUGCGCUUUGCCGUGGACGUGAGACAAGCUCAGGCCAGUGACGAACUGGAUCGACAAAACAUUCUGCGAACUAUUGGAGGCGAUGCGGACGUGGUCAAUGACAUGCUGACACACCUUAUCAUGAGCGAGGCAAAGAGCUACCGGUACAACAGAAGUGCCAGGGUUGGGCAUGGAAGAGGUUCCAGGGAAGGGCAUAGAAGAAGUUCCAGGGUGGGGCAUGCAGUCUGAUGGUACCUGUAGCCCGUGGAAGCCCUGAAACGAGGCCCGAAAGGGCUUGCAACCUCGGUGAAGCAACAAGCUUCGCGUGGCUCUUUUAAUGGCUACCCAUAGAACGAAUCCAAAACUUAUGCAAGUAGAUAAUAUGAAUUUACCAUG